UGCUGGGAUAGUAAUGGCGCCCUCCUGCAUGCAUUGUUGACGUUCACCGCUAAAUUGUUUUACGAUUAAUGCUUUUAUUUUAAUACACAUCAAGUAACGAUUGUAUUAUGUAAGAAGUUUAUAAGUAGUGAAUUAUUUGAGCACUGUGGAUAGCGCUCGAAAGUUUUUUAAUAGCCUGAACAGCAACUGAAUACAGUGUUGAGAUGGAAGAUGAUGAUGCGUCCUUGCAUCGGUUAGAAGGCAGUGACCCGACGGUGCAGGUCGGAGGUCUCAUUGUAAAGAAGAAGAGCGCUGCAACAGAACAACAUGUGUUCAGGGUUCCAGCUCCACGCACUUCUCUCCUGGGCUUAGAUCUGCUGGCCGCCCAGAAACGUAAGGAACGUGAGGGCAAGGAAAUGCUGGAUGAUCAGCCCAAAAAAUCCAAGGUGUCAUCAUUCAAGGAUUGGGAGGAAGGGAAAAGUGAUUCAGAUUCUGAUGAUGAAAAUCAGGAGGAUGGUGACAGCAAGAAUGUGAAAAAAGAAAGGAAGUACCGUGUAACUGGUUCCGAAACGCCCUCAAACCCGGGAGGGGUAAGUGAGGAGUUCAAACAGAGACAUCAACAGAGAGAGAAAGACAGGCGUGAACACGGUGUUUAUGCAUCUUCCAAAGAAGACAAGAGCAGGGACAGAGACAGGACAAGAGACAGAGAUCAAGAUCGCUCCCGUGACCGAGAGAGAGAGAAAAGAAGAGACCGAGACGAACGUGAAAGCAGUCGAGGGUCCGGCAGCAGUCGCUCCGAGCGUGGUGAUGGCAGCGCGAGGAGUGAGCGAUCACAGAGGGAAUUUGGCUCGGAGCGUCUCAGCCGCGGCGGGCGUAGAGAUGAGCCUGAAUCUCCACGUAACAGACACAAAGAAUUGGCCACUCCGUCGCGGUCCAGCUGGGACGAAGAUGAUAGUGGUUAUAACAGCUCUCGCCACUCCCAUUGGGAGAGUCCGUCUCCCUCCCCGUCCCAUCGAGAGAGCGAGCGCUCGGAGCGCAGUCAUCGCUCGGUCCGAGACAGCGAGAGGAAGGACAAGUCUGUUAGAGGUCAAUAUCCAGCGGAUACUCCUUUACCAACUCCUUCAUACAAAUACAACGAGUGGGCUAAUGACAGAAAACAUCUGGGCUCCACUCCUCGACUGUCUCGAGGGAAAGGAGAUAAAAGAGAGGAUGGUGACAAUGGCAUCACAUUUAAUGAUGAGGAUGAGAAAGAACAGUGGGAGGAGGAUCAGAGGCAAGCGGAUCGUGACUGGUAUAUGAUGGAUGAGGGUUAUGAUGAGUUUCACAACCCCUUGACGUCCAGCUCAGAGGAGUAUGUGAAGAAGAGAGAGCAGAUCCUACAAAAACAGACCCAGAAACGCAUCUCGGCACAGAAACGACAGAUCAAUGAGGAUAAUGAACGCUGGGAGACCAACCGCAUGCUUACCAGUGGAGUGGUGCAGCGUCUGGAGGUGGACGAAGACUUUGAAGAGGACAAUGCUGCCAAAGUCCACCUGCUCGUCCAUAACCUUGUGCCACCCUUCCUGGAUGGGAGGAUUGUCUUCACUAAGCAGCCUGAACCGGUCAUUCCAGUGAAAGAUCCGACCUCAGACAUGGCCAUCAUCUCCCGCAAGGGCAGUCAGCUGGUCCGACGCCACAGAGAGCAGAAAGAGAGAAAAAAGGCUCAGCAUAAACACUGGGAGCUGGCUGGCACCAAACUGGGCGACAUCAUGGGCAUCAAGAAAAAAGAGGACGGAGGCGAGGGGAACGCUGUAGGAGAAGAUGGAACUGUGGAUUACAGAACGGAGCAGAAGUUUGCCGAUCACAUGAAGGAGAAGAGUGAAGCAAGCAGCGAUUUCGCCAAGAAGAAAACACUAUUGGAGCAAAGACAAUAUCUGCCCAUAUUUGCCGUUCGCCAGGAGCUGCUGAACAUCAUCAGGGAUAACAACAUUGUGAUUGUGGUGGGGGAAACCGGCAGCGGUAAGACGACUCAGUUGACACAGUAUCUUCACGAAGACGGUUACACGGGUUACGGCAUGGUGGGCUGCACACAGCCACGCCGAGUGGCAGCCAUGAGCGUGGCCAAAAGAGUCAGUGAGGAAAUGAACUGUAACCUGGGAGAGGAGGUGGGUUACGCUAUCCGUUUUGAAGACUGUACAUCAGAAAAGACCGUGAUAAAAUACAUGACAGAUGGUAUUCUCCUGAGGGAAUCUCUGCGGGAAUCAGAUCUGGAUCAUUACAGUGCCGUCAUCAUGGACGAAGCUCAUGAACGUUCCCUCAACACGGAUGUGCUGUUCGGUCUUCUCCGAGAGGUGGUGUCUAGACGCUCAGACUUGAAGCUCAUUGUCACGUCAGCCACCAUGGACUCGGACAAGUUUGCGUCGUUCUUCGGAAACGUUCCUAUUUUUCACAUUCCCGGCAGGACGUUCCCAGUAGACGUCCUGUUCAGUAAGACUCCUCAGGAGGACUAUGUGGAGGCAGCCGUGAAACAGGCCCUGCAGAUUCAUCUCAGCGGGAUGACGGGUGACAUCCUCAUCUUCAUGCCUGGUCAGGAGGACAUUGAGGUGACAUCAGAUCAGAUUGUGGAGCGAUUGGGGGAUCUGGACAACGCUCCUCCUUUGGCAGUGCUGCCCAUUUACUCCCAGCUGCCCUCUGACCUGCAGGCCAAGAUCUUUCAGAAGGCUCCAGAUGGAGUGAGGAAAUGCAUAGUUGCUACGAACAUUGCCGAGACGUCUUUGACGGUGGAUGGGAUCAUGUUUGUGGUUGAUUCAGGUUAUUGCAAACUAAAGGUGUUUAAUCCACGCAUUGGCAUGGAUGCCCUGCAGGUGUACCCCAUCAGUCAGGCCAAUGCCAACCAGCGAUCAGGAAGAGCUGGCAGGACAGGCCCAGGGCAGUGUUACAGGUUGUAUACUCAAAGUGCUUAUAAGAACGAGAUGCUCACGACCACUAUUCCAGAGAUCCAGAGGACUAACCUGGCCAACGUUGUGCUGCUGCUCAAGUCGCUAGGAGUGCAGGACCUUCUGCUCUUUCACUUCAUGGAUCCUCCGCCUGAAGACAACAUGCUGAACUCCAUGUACCAGCUGUGGAUCCUGGGGGCGCUUGACAACACUGGCGCUCUGACGCCCACCGGACGUCUCAUGGUGGAGUUUCCGCUGGAUCCGGCUCUGUCUAAGAUGCUGAUCGUGUCAUGUGACAUGGGCUGCAGCGCUGAUAUCCUCAUCGUUGUUUCCAUGUUGUCUGUACCAUCCAUCUUCUACAGACCAAAGGGUCGUGAGGAGGAGAGUGACCAGGUGAGAGAGAAGUUCUCUGUACCUGAGAGCGAUCACCUGACUUACCUCAACGUUUACAUGCAGUGGAAGAACAACAAUUACUCCAGCAUCUGGUGUAACGAUCACUUCAUUCAUACUAAAGCCAUGCGCAAGGUGCGUGAGGUCAGAGCUCAGCUCAAAGACAUCAUGGUGCAACAGAAAAUGAAUCUGAUCUCUUGCGGCUCAGACUGGGAUGUGAUCAGAAAAUGCAUCUGUGCUGCUUACUUCCACCAAGCUGCUAAAUUAAAGGGAAUAGGGGAGUACGUGAACGUAAGAACCGGAAUGCCGUGCCAUCUGCACCCGACCAGUGCUCUGUUCGGCAUGGGCUACACCCCAGACUACAUCAUCUACCACGAGCUGGUCAUGACUACUAAGGAAUACAUGCAGUGUGUGACAGCGGUGGAUGGUGAAUGGCUGGCUGAGCUCGGGCCAAUGUUUUACAGCAUCAAACACGCAGGGAAGAGCAGACAGGAGAACCGACGGAGAGCCAAGGCAGAGAUCACCAGCAUGGAGGAGGAGAUGUCUAUGGCACAAGAACAGAUCAAAGCACGCAAAGAGGAGCAGGAGAGGAAGAACAACCUCGGCAGCGUCAGGGCAAUAAAGAUCUGCACCCCAGGACGGAAAGAGGAAGCUCCCAUGACACCGAAACGAACACCUGCACGAUUCGGCUUAUAAUGCAUCUUAAUAAAGUUUUCUUGUAUAGUACAAAAUGUCAUCAUGAUGUGAUUUGAAAAUGGAUGAAUGCCAUUUAGUUCAUUGUAAUCGUCUUUGUGCAGUUGUCUAGGUUGGCCACCAGUAGGAGCACUUGUAUAAGGGGAAAAUCAUCCUUCAUCUCAAAGUGUUGUUUGUGUCUUUGGGACUGUCUGGAUUGAAGAAAAAAGUGCAUAAUAGCACUACACCUGAUUUUACAGGUCAUGCAUUGAUGUAAAGUGAAAUGCAAACACAGGUCAUUCUUCAACAUAUUUAUCCAAUGAGCUCAGAGACGUUUAUCAAAAUAUUCAGCUUGAUUAUUUUCAUGUAUUAUUUCACCAAUGCGUUUUCGGUGUGUUUGUGAACAGUGACAUUUAUUCAUGGACUGCUGUAAUAUUCACUUUAUAGUGGAAUUAUAAUUUUCUUUCAGCUUUGUUUUUACUUGUGAAAAUUCUUUGUUUCGGAGAACAGAGCGAGCGUCCAUGAAUAUUAACUUCCUGUACUUUGAUGGGUUAAUCCCCUGCUGAUGUACCAUGUCUUUGUUAUUCAGACAAAUACAUUGCUAGAAUAUUUCAUCAUUCCGCUGGAAUCAACACUGACCAGCGAGGAGUCCUAUCCUACAUCUUCUUUGAUGCAAUUGGGCUGCAAGUCAUUGAGCAGAUCUACUGUGUACAGAAAGAGAUGACAUGCUUAGACUGCUGUGAAGUUAGAUAAAAAAAAACUAAUCAACCGCUUUCCACUGAGGGUCAUUUUAUAAGUGUAGUUUGCAAGUCCUUUCUAGCGUCAGGCUUUAUUUUCAAUGUGUACUGUACAGUAUAUCUGUAUAUUGUGUUUGUAGGGAUUUUUGCAUUUCUCAUUAAUCUGGCAAAUUGAAAAUGGGAAAUGCCAUGUUGCUAAAGUGUAAAAAAGUUCACAUUGUCUGACUUGUGUUACCGUUAUACAUUUUGUAUCGAAUAAUAAAUUUGAUAUAUCAAAAGCAA